AUGUCUACCCCAAGAGAUACCGCUACCAAGACCAACUCCCAUCCCCUCGGCCCGUUAUCCCCCUCUGAAAUCACCCAUACCGCCGCCCUAGUUCGGUCGUGUUGGCCUAACUCAAUCGACUGCCACUUCAAAAUCGUCACACUCCAAGAACCUUUGAAAUCCGAGCUUGCGCCCUAUCUUGUGGCCGAGCGAGCAGGUGGAAGUCGCAAUGGACUCCCAAAGAUUGAUCGGAGGGCAUUCGUGGUGUAUUAUCUCCGGGGGACGCACAACCUCCACGAAGCCGUUGUGAACCUGACGCAAAGCAAAGUCGAAGCCAACGUCAAACUGGGCCCGUUCAUGCACCCCAACGGUGAUGGCGAGGAGAUCAUUGCGGUUGAGAAGGCGCUGCUGGCCCACCCAGAUGUGCAGGCUGAACUUGCAAAGCUGAAGCUCCCGGAGGGCACUGUAGUGGUCGCUGACCCAUGGCUAUACGGCACCGACGGCAUCAACGACGAAAAGCGGGCAAUGCAAUGCUUCCUGUACAUGCGUGACCCCGCCAACCCCUCCGAGCCCGACAGCUGCCACUACGCCUUCCCUUUGCCCAUCUCGCCCGUCAUGGACCCCAUCACUCUCGAACUCAUCCGCAUCGACAUCAUGCCCACCGGCCUCGAUGAGAAGACCAAGCCCGUCCAACCCUGGCACCCGGCCCCAGCGAGCGAGUACAUCCCCGAGGCGCAGCCCCAGCUGCGUACCGACCUCAAGCCACUGCGUGUGAGCCAGCCGGAGGGGGCGUCGUUCACGGUGGAGGACUUUUCAGAGCUCGGGAAGCUGGUGCGAUGGCAAAAGUGGGAUUUCAAAGUCGGUUUCAACCAACGGGAAGGGAUGGUGCUGUACGACGUGCAUUACGACAACCGGCCACUGUUCUACCGGCUGAGUCUCUCCGACAUGUCGAUUCCGUACGCAGAUCCGCGCGCACCGUUCCACCGCAAGGCCGCGUUCGACCUGGGCGAUGUGGGCGCAGGUAUCAUGGCCAACAACCUGGAGCUCGGGUGUGACUGUCUGGGGAGUAUCUACUACAUCAGCGGCGUGUUGUCCGACAGCCACGGAGAGCCAGUGGUCAUGCCGAACGUGUUGUGUCUGCACGAACAAGACAACGGCAUCCUGUGGAAGCACACCAACUACCGCACCAACCGGGCCGUCGUGGUGCGCGACCGCGAGCUGGUGCUCCAGACCAUCCUGACAGUCAGCAACUACGAGUACAUCCUGGCCUUUAUCUUCAACACAGCCGGGGACCUAGCCUACGAAGCGCGCGCCACGGGCGUGCUCUCCACCCAGCCGCUCGACGCGGACUUGACCACCGCCGCAAAACACCCAUUCGGCACCGCCGUCCAUCCGGGCGUCCUGGCCAGCUUCCAUCAGCACUUCUUCAGCCUACGCAUCGACCCCAUGAUCGGCGGGCACGGCAACAGCGUCGUGUACGACGACGCCGUCCCCAUCCCGCGGGAUCCCGCCCUCAACCCGCACGGCGUAGGGUACACCGUCCAGCGCACGCCGAUUCCCGUGUCUGGCGGGUUCGACCUUGACGCUGCCCGAGGCCGCGUGUUCAAAAUCAUCAACCCGACCGUGCACAACCCGGUCAACGACGCAGCCGUGGGGUACAAGCUGAUGAUCCCGCCGGUGCAGACGAUUCUAGCAGACGCGGAGAGUUUCCACCACCAGCGGGCCGAGUUUGCCGACCGCAGCGUGUAUGUGACGCGGUAUGCCGAGGGAGAGUUGUACGCGGGCGGGACGUACACGAACCAGAGCCGCGGCGGAGCGGGCGUGCGCGGGUGGGCGAACCGGAGAGAUGACUUAACGGACAAGGGGGAUCCAGUGGUGUGGGUGCAGUUUGGGAUUAAUCAUAUUCCGCGUGUUGAGGAUUUCCCCGUUAUGCCGGCCGAGACGCUGCGGGUGAUGCUAAGGCCUGUCAACUUUUUUGAGAGAAAUCCGGCGAUUGAUGUGCCGAGCAGUCGGCAGGAGAUCAACUGUAGUGUUAGCUUGAAUGGGUCAGGGGACAAGACAGUGGAAGGGAAACUUAAGGGGUUGACGCUUGGGGGUGAAGGUGGGAAACUGAAGGCUGCCUGUGCAUCUCACGGUGGGAUUUGA